GACCCCCCCUUCCGUCCCUCCCCUCCCUCCCCAUCCCCAACCCCAUCGGCACCGGCGGCGGCGGCGGCGACGGCUCUCCGGCCGUAGGCUCGCCAGCACUGGCGGCGAAUGGCGGUGCUGCGGGGCCGGCGGCGGUGCCGAGGCGCGGUGCUGCUGCUGCUCCUCGCGUCGGUGCUCGCGCCGCUCGUGCUCUACGGGGGCUCCCCCGUCUCGGUCGCGCACCUCCCGGACUCCACCGCGGCGAGCGGCGCGUUCGAUCGGGAGGACGCUCCCAAUCUGGUGUGGCCGCAGAUAGCUGCGUCCGGGGUGUCCCUGGCCAGAGAUUUGACGAUCGAGAGGCUUGGGGAGCACAAAAACCGUGUGCUAUCUGCAACCGAUCAUUUGCAAGCAGUUGAGGCAGCGAGUAGGAGCCGUGCGUCCGGAAAGCCUGAUGCAAGUGUGCUGAGGGAGGAGCCCGAGUCACGGAAUGCGGUUGUUGAGGGGAAUGGCAACGCAGGGUUGGGACAGGGUGGCGUGAUAAGGGAAGUUGUUGGAAGUGAGGGAAGUGCAGGUAGAUUUGGUGAGCCGGGGGAUGGCAAGGAUGCUGUAGCGCGGAAUGGAAAAGAGGUUGGGAUAAAGUUGCCGCAUUCAAUUGAUGCAGAGCACAAGGAUGGGUCAGAUGAAGGAGGGGAGAGCAUCAUUUCUGGAAUGCACACUACUGGAAGCCUGAGUUCAUCUUCUAGUCAGACUAGAGAUGCUACUACCACCAGGGACAAUCAAACAAGGUUGAGUAACAGUAGUUCUGCUCAUCGCACAACGAAUAGACAUACUGGUCAAUUGACAACAUCACCAGAUGCUACAGUUCACAUCAACAUCAUCAAGGACCAGUUGACAAGAGCAAAGACAUAUCUUGGGUUUUUUGCUUCUAGAGGCAAUCAUGGAUUUGCAAGGGAGCUCCGUGCACGGAUGAGAGAUAUACAACGUGCUCUAGGUGAUGCGACUAGUGAUUGGCAGCUACCUCAGAAUGUCCACAGCAAAAUUAGAGCAAUGGAGCAGACGCUGGUGAAGGUCAAGAAAAUUCAUGAUAGUUGCUCAGGUGCUGUGAACAGGCGUCACACAGUCCUUCACUCAACGGAGCAGCAACUUGAAUCAAACAAAAGACAGGCCAACUAUCUAGCACAAGUAGCAGCAAAAUCUCUACCCAAGGGUCUCCAUUGCCUUACACUGAGGCUUACAAAUGAGUAUUAUUUCACCAACUCAACGAAUAAGGAUUUUCCAUAUGUGGAGAAGCUGGAAGACCCCAAACUCUACCACUAUGCCUUGUUUUCAGACAAUGUAUUGGCUGCUGCAGUGGUUGUUAACUCAACUCUUGUUCAUGCUAAGAAACCAGAAGAUCAUGUAUUCCACAUUGUGACAGAUAGGCUUAACUAUGCUGCAAUGAAAAUGUGGUUCCUGGCUAAUCCAUUGGGUAAAGCUGCUAUUCAGGUUCAGAACAUUGAAGAGUUUAAAUGGCUAAAUUCAAGCUACAGUCCAGUUCUGAAGCAGCUGGAAUCACAGUUUAUGAUUGAUUACUACUUCAAAAGUGGGCAUGCUAGGCCUGACGAAAAUCCUAAGUUUCGGAACCCCAAAUACUUGUCGAUUCUCAACCAUCUGAGGUUUUAUCUCCCUGAGAUCUUCCCAAAGCUUAACAAGGUGUUAUUUCUAGACGAUGAUACUGUAGUGCGGCGGGACCUAACUGCACUUUGGUUGGUAGAUCUCAAAGGCAAGGUUAAUGGUGCUGUUGAGACCUGUAGAGAGACAUUCCAUAGGUUUGAUAAGUACCUAAACUUCUCAAAUCCUCUUAUUGCCAAAAAUUUUGAUCCGCAUGCAUGUGGUUGGGCAUAUGGCAUGAACAUGUUUGAUUUGUCUGAGUGGAGAAAGCAAAACAUCACUGAGGUUUACCAUACCUGGCAGAAACUGAAUGAGAACAGGCUAUUGUGGAAGCUAGGUACCCUCCCUGCUGGCCUUGUAACAUUCUGGAACCGUACUUUCCCUCUUGAUCGUUCCUGGCAUCAGUUGGGACUUGGGUACAAUCCAAAUGUCAACGAAAGGGAUAUCAGGCGGGCAGCUGUCAUCCACUACAAUGGAAAUCUGAAACCCUGGCUCGAGAUUGGAUUGCCCAAAUACCGGAAAUACUGGUCCACACAUGUCAAUUUCAACCAAGUGUUUCUACGAGAGUGCAAUAUAAAUCCCUGAAGAGCAAAUAGUGGUGUAUGCUUUAUCUUUUCUUCUAAUUAUUUCAUAGAUCAAUUCUUUGUGCUCAGGGUAUUUUAAGUUGCCUAGAGCACUAAUUCUUUAACUGAUCUCUUUUCUGAUGUAAAGGUGCAAACAGGCAGGUUAGUGGUAGGGCUUAGAUCAUACAAAUGAUUAGGAGCCACGCAGACAUAUUACAUUUUUGUACUUAUAAAUGCUAAUAUGGUAGCUAAUUAUUGAUUGUAUGAGUGGAACCCUCUGUAAGAUUCUUUCAGAAAUACUUCGUGGUAAGGAGCCACGUAUAAUAUAGUU